GGCUCAGGUAGGGAGAGGAAGGAGGGGCGGCCUGGCGCCUCCCGGACACACAACUGUUUUAUGAGCCCGACAGGGAGAGGCGAGGAGACUGGAAUGGACUAGAGGGCGGCGGCGGCGGCUCCCCGCCCAGGCUUGUUAGUUGAAAAAGGAACCCAAAAGGUGCGGCUUCGCCUUUCCUGUGCCAGCAGGGAGGGAACUGCCUGCUGAUCUGCUCCUCCUCCUCCGCCGCCGCCAGCAGCCUCAGCCACUGCUGUCUCUUCACCUGGACACAGCCACAGCUGCUCAGCACCACCACCAGGACCUGUCUCUCUUCCUCCCGUCCCUUUUCUUUUUAAAAACAGUUUCCUCCUCCUUUCUCCUUCCGAACCACCUGGACCCUCCCCCCCACUUCUGCAACCACCCCCGUCCUUUACCCGCCCCCGGGCAGCACUCUGCAGACCUGCCUGCCGUUCCCUCUGUGUUUUUCUUAGCUCACACUUCUUUCACGGGCUUCUUGGACAGUCCUGUUUUGCUCGCUCUUUUGCUUCCUCGCCAGUAUCUCGGUGAGGACUUGCGUCUUGCAAAGGCUUGACGGGAGAAAGAGAGAGGCAGAGGGAGGAGCAGCCUUUCCCCAGUAGGACCACCCCCCCCCCCAUUCGCUCACUCCUGUAGAGUCCAUGCCUUUGUCCUGAUCUGGUCUUCCGUUGAGGCACUUCAUUUGCGCUAACUCAGCCGCCACGAUGAGCAUGAACGGCGGAUCCCACCCGCGGCUCAACACCUUGGGCAUGGGCAGGAUGAUCAGAACCGACUCCGGUACGGAUAUGCGCUACGAAAUGAACCCGCAUAUGAUGAUGGCGGGCGGCGGCGGCGGCGGAGGAGGAGGGGUAACCAGCCAUACCCAUAAAAUGUAUUACAUCCAGAAAAGUUAUGGAGGGGACAUGAACUCGGAGGGAUACACUCAAAAUGGAACCGGUACAAUGUCCAGGCGUCAGAAUACAAUUCAGGAACUUCUGCAAAAUUGUUCAGAUUGCCUCAUGCGUGCGGAACUCAUCGUGCAACCUGAACUGAAGUAUGGGGAUGGCAUCCAGAUUAGCAGGAACAGGGAACUGGAGGAUUGCUUUGCACAGGCAAACGAACAAAUAGACAUCCUCGAUGGACUGAUCCGAGAGAUGAGGCAAAUGGGGCAGCCAUGUGAUCUGUACCAGAAAAGGCUGCUUCAGCUUCAGGAGCAGAUGCGUGCACUCUACAAAGCUAUCAGUGUGCCCCGUGUCCGUAGGGCCAGUUCUAAGGGUGGUGGAUAUUCGUCCCAGAGUGGAUCAGGGUGGGAUGAAUACACCAGACGAGUCACCACUGAAUGUUUGAACUGGAUGAGGCAACAGAAGGCUGAAAUGGAGUUAGUAAAAUGGGGGUUUGAUGCGGCUGCAAUAGAACAACAAAUUGCUGACCACAGGAGAUUUCACAACUCCAUUGGAGACUAUCGCUGGCACUUGGACAAAGUCAAAACUGACCUGCGUGAGAAGGCUGCUGUUCAUCAGCUAGAGGAGGAGUAUGAAUACCUGUUGAGAUUCUCCUUUGAAAGAAUGGACCAGCAGCGCCAGCUGCAGAACAUCAUCCAAGCAACUAGCAGGGAAAUCAUGUGGAUCAAUGACUGUGAGGAGGAAGAGCUUCUCUAUGACUGGAGUGACCGAAACACCGAUAUUGCCAGAAAACAGGAGGCCUUCUCUAAACGCAUGAGCCAGCUGGAAGUUAAGGAAAAAGAGCUCAAUAAGCUUAAGCAAGAAUGUGACCAACUGGUACUUAACCAACACCCUGCUUCAGACAAAAUAGAGGCCUACAUGGAUACACUGCAAACUCAGUGGAGUUGGAUUCUCCAGAUCACCAAAUGCAUUGAUGUUCAUCUCAAGGAGAAUGCCGCAUACUUUCAGUUUUUUGAGGAGGCCCAGUCUACUGAGAACUACUUGAAGAAUCUACAGGAUCAAAUAAGAAAGAAAUUCAUUUGUGAUAAAAACAUGUCACUGCAAGUUCUCUUGGAGCAGAUCAAAGAAUUAGAGAAUGAACGAGAAAAAAUUCUGGAAUACAAGAGGCAGGUGCAGAAUUUGGUGAACAAGUCCAAGAAGAUAGUGCAGCUGAAGCCACGCAACCCUGACUACCGGAGUAAUAAACCUAUCAUUCUCAAAGCCCUGUGUGACUACAAACAAGAUCUGAAAACCAUGCGCAAAGGAGAUGAAUGCAUUUUAAAAGACAAUAGUGAACGCAGCAAGUGGCAUGUGACUGGACCUGGAGGAGUGGAUAUGCUGGUGCCAUCUGUUGGUCUCAUUAUCCCUCCCCCUAAUCCAUUGGCUGUGGAUCUGGCAACCAAGAUUGAGCAGUACUAUGAUGCUAUUAUGGCUCUCUGGAAUCAGCUCUACAUCAACAUGAAAAGUCUGGUUUCUUGGCAUUACUGCUUGAUUGACAUUGAGAAAAUCAAGGCUAUGACUAUUGCUAAGCUGAAGACAAUGCGCAAAGAAGAUUAUCAAAGGGUAAUCGCUGACCUGGAGAUCCAUUAUCAAGAAUUCCUCAGGCACAGCCAAGGCUCAGAGAUGUUUGGCGAUGAUGACAAGAGGACUAUCCAGACCCAAUUCAGCGAUGCCCAGAAGCACUACCAGACAUUGGUCAUCCAGCUGCCAGGUCAACCACGUCCACAGCAACAACCUCAGCAAGUUGUGAAGACUGAAGUCACUCAUUUGGGCUCUGCCAACCAAGUUCAAAUUCGUGAUCAGAACCGAGAACAGGAGAAACAGGAGGCCUGGUUGCUCAUGGAACUCCAGAAACUCCGACGCCAGAUAGAAAAUUGUGAGCUCCGGAUGGUGCAGAGAAGCCCCCUUCAGCUGGAUCAAGGGGCUUCUCACAAUUUGUCAGUCAGGAUUAGCGAAUUAGAGGGUGUACAAAAUGAUUCCCAGAUGUUGGCUGAUGGCCUCAACAGGCAAAAAGAUUACCUUCCCAAUUUCAGAGGCUCUGAAAAGUAUCUUUAUUUGCAGUCAGAAAUCAGUGCUUUGUUUCAGAAACUGGAAAAUAUUAAUGGAGUUUCUGCUGGUUAUUUGGACAGCUUGAAUGCACUGAGAUCACUGCUCCAGGCAAUCCUUCAAACUGAAGAUGUGAUUCGAGUUCAUGAAGUCAGACUAACGGAAGAGGACACGCUUUCUUUGGAUCCAGAUAAACUGGAAGCUUACCGAACCUCCCUGAAGAAAAUGAAAGCAGACCUGAAUAUGAAAAAGUCACUUCUUGGCACCUUGGAAGCAGAGCUGCAGAGAGUACUGCAGAUUCACUCUCAGUCUUGCCAGGCAUAUACACUCUACGAUUUAGAUCUUGGAAAGUACACUGACAAAGUCAGCCAGCUAACAGACCGUUGGCAACGGGUGGAGAAGCAGAUAGAUGACAGGUCUUGGGACUUGGAAAAACAGGUGAAACAGCUGAGAACCUAUCGAGACCUUUACCAGGCUCUGAAUAAAUGGAUAUGUGAUGCCAGGCGCCGCCAGGACAGUAUUGAAACCAUGAAACUGGGAGAUGUUAGCACUGUCAUGAGAUAUUUGCAAGAGCAAAAGAACUUACAUGGGGAAAUAACAGGCAAGAGAGACAAAGUGGAAGAGGUAGUCAAGAAUUCAGAGGUGUGCUCAGCUGCAAUCAAGGAUUACGAACUCCAGGCUGCAGCCUAUUGUGCAGGACUGGAAACGCUACUGAACAUGCCUAUCAAGAGGAGCAUGGUGCAGUCUCCUUCCGGGCUAAUUCUGCAAGAGGCUGCAGAGAUUCAGUCUCGGUACAUUGAACUUCUUACAAGAUCAGGAGAUUAUUACAAGUUCUUGAGUGAAAUGUUGAAGAGCAUGGAGGAUUUAAAGAUGAAAAGCACCAAAAUAGAACUAUUGGAAGAAGAGCUCAGGCUGACCAGAGAUGCCAAUUCCGAUAACAGCAAUAAGCACAAAUUCCUGGAGCAAAACCUGCAGAAGUACCAGGUGGAAAUUUCUCAGCUGAAAGCCAAACUCAUGGGUCUGGAAGAGAUGAAGAGACAAGCCGAGAUGGAUGGCAGUUCUUGCAAACAAAACUUGGACAAAUGCUAUGCUCAAAUAAAAGAUCUCAAUGAUAGGAUAACAAGAUUGACUUACGAGAUUGAAGAUGAGAAGAGGAAAAGGAAGCUGCUGGAAGACAGAUAUGAGCAGCAGAAGACUGACUUUGACCAACUGCAGAAGACAAGACAUAAUGAGAAAGAGAGCCUUGGUUGGCAAAAGAUAGAAUCUGAGAAAGUCAUCAAAGAGAAAGAGUACGAGAUAGAAAGGUUAAGGGUUCUUCUUCAGGACGAGGGGACACGGAAGAGGGAAUAUGAGAAUGAGCUGGCUAAGGUAAGAAACCAGUUUAAUGAGGAGAUGAGUAAUAUAAAGAACAAGUAUGAAACCGAGAUUAACAUUAAGAAGACCACAAUCCACCAGAUAGCAGCCCAGAAAGAAGAUGAUGCCAAGAGCCUCCGAAGCCAGAUUGAUAGGCUGCAGAGAGAGAACCGAGAUCUGAAGGAUGAGAUAGUCAGACUCAAUGAUGCCAUUUUGGAUACUACAGAACAGCGGAGGCGGGCAGAAGAAAAUAUUCUUCAACAAAAGGCUUGUGGCUCAGAGGUGAUGCAGCAGAAGCAACAGCUGGAGUUGGAGCUGAAGCAGAUCAUUCAACUGCGCAAUGAAGACAACGCAAGAUACAAGCAGGCACUUGAAGAUGCUGCUUUGACCAUUCAGGACAAAACUAAGGAGCUUGAAAGAUUAAAGAUUCAGCUGCAAGAAGAGGCUAAAGGCCGAUGGGAGCUUGAGAAUGAACUGGCUAAGGUAAGGAACAGUUAUGAUGAGGAAAUUAUUAGUUUAAAGAACAAGUAUGAGACUGAGAUUAAUAUCACCAAAACCACAAUAAAUCAGGUGACAGUGCAAAAGGAAGAAGAAUCCAGUAAUUACCGAGCACAACUUGACAAUGUCAUAAGAGAAAAUAGAAGCUUGUGUGAGGAAAUUAGGAGACUGAAGAACACUUUAAGUCAGACAACAGAGAACCUUAGACAAGUAGAAGAAAGUGCUAAUCAACAAAAAGCCAUUGGCUCAGAUAUCUCGCAAAAGAAACAGCAGCUUGAAAUUGAGUUAAAGCAAACGGUUCAGAAAUACUCGGAGGAGAUUUUGUGUUACAAGCAGUCACUUGAUGAUGCCGGAAGAACAGUUAAGGAGAAAAACAAGGAGAUUGAAAAGAUGAGAAAGUUGUUAGAGGCAGAAACAAAUCAGAGGAAAGCCAUGGAGGACGAAAAUAUUCGAUUGCAAAGAGUCCAGUAUGAUCUGGAAAAAGUCAACAUCAAUGCAACAGAGACCAUCAGCAGGCUGAAAGGUCAAGAGCAAGAGUUGGGACGACUGAAAAGCGAAUAUGAGAGAAUUGCACAAGAGAAAAAAGGGAAAGAUCAAGAAAGUUCCAGGCUUCAGGUCUCAAUGAAAGAACUGCAGCAUCAGAAACACAAGCUGGAGGAGGAGCUCAAUAGGCAGUCUAGAACCAUAGCAGAAGAAACUUCCAAAAGAAAAAAAGUAGAAGAGGAGUUAGAAACAAUGAGGAGAUCUUUCAGAGAGCAAGCUGUUAAGAUCACAAACCUCACUCAGCAGAUAGAGGAGGUCUCCAUUGUAAAGAAAAGGAGUGAAGAUGACCUGAGGCACCAAAAAGAAGUGCUUGAUAGUCAGAUGAGAGAUAAACAGAGAUACAUGGAGGAGAUAAGGAAGUACACAUCAGAAGUCGAAACCUUGCGUCGCCAGAUGCUCCAAGAGCAGGAGAAUCUGAAACAGGCUCACAUGCGCAAUGAGCACUUGCAGAAGGCAGUUGAGGAUAAGAGCAAAAGCCUCAAUGAGUGCAAAAUAGAAAUUGAAAGACUUCAGUCUCUUACUGAGAACCUUACAAAAGAACACUUGAUGUUAGAGGAGGAGCUGCGAAAUUUAAGAUUGGAGUAUGAUGAUCUAAGAAGGGGCAGAAGUGAAAUGGAUGAGUCAAAAAAUGCCACAAUUAUUGAACUAAAGAGUCAACUACAAACAAGCAACAAGCAUACUCUGGAACUUCAGGGUCUGAUAAAUGGUUUACAGAAAGAAAGGGAAAAUUUGAGACAGGAAAUUGAAAAAAUCCAAAAGCAGGCUAUGGAGACAUCCCAUAGAAUCCAAGAAUCCAAAAACCAGUGUAACCAUAUUAUGCAAGAACGAGAAACAAUGCUGAUAAAAAUAAAUGCACUGGAGCAAGAGAAGGCUAGGCUGCUGAGGUUGGAAGAAGAGCUGAAUCGUGCUAAAGCACAGCUGGAGUCAGAAUCUCGCUUGAAAUUACGGCUGGAGACUGAGAAACAGCAGAUCCUGAAUGACCUAAAUCAGUGGAAGAGUCAAUAUUCUCGGAAGGAAGAGACCAUUCGGAAGAUUGAAUCUGAGCGAGACAAGAGUGAGAGGGAGAAGAGUGCCUUGUUGAUAGAAAUUGAGAGACUGCAGGCAGAGAUUAAGAGGAUCGAAGAAAGGUAUCGGUGCCGGUUAGACGAGACGAGCAGGAAGAGCCAAUCAGAGAUGGAGGCUGAGCGCUUAAGACUACAAAGGGAGAUUGACAAGCUUAAACAACGUCCCUAUGGAGCCCACAGAGCCACCCAGACAGAAGAAGACUUUGCUAUUGACCCUUCCAAAUUACUUUUCAAUGGCCUAAGGAAAAAAAUAACUGCUGUUCAACUGUAUGAAUGUCAGCUGAUAGAUAAAAGCACUCUAGAUAAACUGCUGAGAGGGCAGAAGUCCGUCGAGGAAGUUGCUGCUGAUCUCGAACCCUACCUUAGAGGAGCUGGAGCUAUAGCAGGAGCCUCUCUUAACCCUAAGGAGAAGUACUCUCUGGUGGAGGCAAAACGGAAGCAACUUCUUACACCUGAGAACACAGUCCUUUUGUUGGAAGCCCAGGCAGCCACUGGAGGCGUGAUUGACCCCCACCGGAAUGAACUGUUGAGUGUGGACAGUGCCAUUGCUAGAGACCUGAUUGAUUUUGAUGACAGGGAGCAAAUCUAUACAGCUGAAAAGGCGAUCACUGGAUUUAAAGAUCCAUUUUCAGGGAAAAUAGUAUCUGUGGCAGAAGCCAUGAAGAAAAAUCUGGUUGACCGGGAGACAGGGAUGCGUCUGCUUGAAGCCCAGCUAGCUUCAGGAGGAAUAGUUGACCCUGUCAACAGUGUCUUCUUGCCAAAAGACACUGCUUUGUCCCGUGGGCUGAUUGAUCGAGACUUGUACAGAGCUUUGAAUAAUCCUCAGGGUUCAAAACAUCUAAUUGAUCCUAUCACUAAGAAAGCCAUAAGUUACACGAAGCUGAGAGAAAAAUGCAGAAUUGAACCACACACUGGUUUACUUUUCCUCCCUGUACAAAAGAGAAGCAUGUCGUUCCAAGGAAUCAGGCAUCAGGUCACCGUUAGUGAAUUGGUUGAUUCUGGCAUCAUUCGAGAAUCCACAGCAAAUGAUCUUGAAACGGGGGCAAUCACUGUUGAAGAAGUCACUGACCGAAUCAAAGAUUUUCUCCAGGGCUCCAGCUGCAUAGCUGGUAUUUAUAACGAGGCCACUCGAGAGAAGCUUGGCAUUUACCAGGCCAUGAAAAUAGGCUUAGUUAGACCUGGGACAGCUCUUGAGCUUCUAGAAGCCCAGGCAGCCACUGGAUUCAUUGUGGACCCUGUAGCCAAUUUGAGGCUUACAGUGGAAGAAGCUUACAAAAGAGGCCUAGUUGGAAUAGAAUUUAAAGAGAAGCUUCUGUCUGCUGAAAGAGCAGUCACUGGAUACAGAGAUCCAGAAACAGGAAACAUCAUUUCCUUGUUCCAGGCCAUGAAUAAAGAACUCAUUGAGAAAGGCCAUGGUGUUCGUUUGCUGGAGGCCCAGAUAGCCACUGGUGGGAUCAUUGACCCAAAGGAAAGUCAUCGUUUGCCAGUCGGCACAGCAUACCAGCGUGGCUAUUUCAAUGAAGAGCUGAAUGACAUUCUGUCUGACCCCAGUGAUGAUACCAAAGGGUUUUUUGAUCCCAACACAGAAGAAAAUUUGACCUACCUGCAGUUGAAAGAAAGAUGCAUGACAGAUGAAGGAACUGGACUCUGCCUCCUACCCCUCAGAGAGAAGAAGAAGCUGGUACAGACUUCACAGAAAAAUACACUUCGGAAACGCAGGGUUGUCAUUGUAGAUCCAGACACAAACAAGGAAAUGUCGGUUCAGGAAGCAUACAAUAAAGGCCUCAUAGAUUAUGACACUUACAUGGAACUUUCUGACCAGGAAUGUGAAUGGGAAGAAAUAACUAUUACAGGCUCGGACGGGAGCACAAGAGUAGUCCUUGUUGACAGAAAAACAGGCCACCAGUAUGACAUCCAGGAUGCCAUUGAAAAAGGUCUUGUUGACAAGAAAUUUUUCGAGCAAUACCGUUCUGGGUCAUUAAGCCUCACUCAGUUUGCAGACAUGAUUGCUUACCGAAAUGGUGGUGAUGAGGUCUUCAGGCACGAGUCCAUCAUUAAGUCUCCCUCUGUAGUGAGUGUCAAGAGUUCCUCCUUGGUGUUAAAGAGCAGCUCUGGCUCCUUCUCUGAACCCCUAGAGGAAACCACUCCCAUAGCAGCUAUAUUUGAUACAGAAAAUUUGGAGAAGAUCUCCAUUUCAGAAGCUGUGCAACGGGGCAUUGUUGACAGCAUCACCGCUCAACGCUUACUUGAAGCUCAGGCCUGCACAGGAGGCAUAAUAUGUCCUACCACGGGACAACGGCUUUCUCUUCAGGAUGCAGUUGCCCAAGGCACCAUUGACUAUGAAAUGGCUACACGGCUGAAGCCAGCUCAGAAAGCCUUCAUUGGCUUUGAAGGCAUCAAGGGUCGAAACAAAAUGUCUGCGGCAGAGGCAGUGAAGGAAAAGUGGCUGCCUUAUGAGGCUGGCCAGCGCUUCCUUGAAUUUCAGUUCAUCACAGGGGGCCUCAUUGACCCUGAUGUACGGGGCAGAAUAAGUACUGAAGAAGCCAUUAGAAAAGGAAUGAUUGAUGGCCGAACCACUCAGAGAUUACAAGAUACCAGCAACUAUGCAAAGAUUCUGACCUGUCCAAAAACAAAGCUGAAGAUAUCCUACAAAGAUGCAAUGAAUCGCUCUAUGGUGGAAGACCAAACUGGGCUCAGGUUGUUAGAAGCGUCUUCCGUUUCAUCCAAGGGGAUAUCCAGCCCAUAUAAUGUUUCUUCAGCACCAGGCUCCCGUUCAGGUUCGCGUUCAGGCUCUCGCUCAGGCUCACGCAGUGGAUCAAGGAGAGGAAGUUUUGAUGCAACCACAAAUGCUUCUUCAUAUUCUUAUUCCUACACAACAACUCUCAGCAGCAACAGCUCUAUUGGGCGCUAGUAAUGAACCAGCAAGCUUCUCCGCAUUUUCAUUUCGCUUUACAGGAAUCUGUAUUCCUUUUUGUUUAAACAAGAAAAUAGAGAAAAAUAAUGAACUGGUUGGCGGUAAUCUUAUUGCUUGCUUGGGUGAAAUAGCUAAGCUGCAGAAGAGAAGCUAAACCCAAAUGUAAGGUGCAGAAAAUCCUUUCUAAAGGGGCGCUAUGGUUCUUCAAUAUAUAUAUAUAUAUAUUUUUAAUGGUUCUCAAAUAUUUUGGGCGUAGACUUGUAAAGUCAAGGUGACAUAAUGCAAAGUUUAAGAAAGGAAAUAGUACUUUAAAAAAAAGUUUGCAUCGUAUAUUAUGCAUUCACACUUGCUUUUGUUAUUUUCCAUUAGUCAUGUGCUACUACAAACAACACAGGUUGCUUUUGUCAUCAGUGGAUAUUUUUAAAAAGCCACACUACUUUGUCAGUGUGGAUAUUGCAGUACACAAUAAAGAUCUAUAUUGUUUCCAGCUGAGAUCAUACUCAGUUGUAGUAGGCUCUUUACUUAGCUGUCACUUGACAGUUUGAGGGCAAAUUUUUUAGAAUGUACUUUUCUAUAGCCAUAGUCAGUUAUUUCUAUUCAUUUUUGCUUUCUGCGUAAUAACAUACUGGCCUUACUGUGCAACAUUUACUGUUCUGGCAAUAAACAUUUAACUACCUUUGA